AUGGUUCUCGAGAUCAGCAUUGAACCCAGCAUGAUCACCGAAGUCGAGACUUACGACUUCACUGACCGCCAUUACCCUUACACCGUUUAUGCCGACGACCAACGCAUCCUCUGCAUCAACACCACCUCUCCCCGAACGCUCUCCAAGUGGCUCACCAACCUUCUCAAGUCCACUCCCAAAAACACCCCGGUCAUCGUCGGCGUAACCGCCGAGCACCAAUUUACCGAGUACACCAAGCACGGCGUCAAGGACCACAGCUACGACUUCAUCUCCCUCUGCGUUGGCUCUCACUGCCUCCUCUACCCUCUUCCCGAACAAGGUGACUUGUACAACGCAAAGCAAAACCCUAGGCCCCUUCGGGACUUCUUCGCCAACCCUAGGGUUAUCGCGGUGGGAAUGGAGAUGGAAAAGGUGAAGGCAAAGCUGGAGAAGCACCACGGGAUCGAGCUGAAGAAGGCGUUGGACCUUAGGGCGAUGGCGGUGGAAGGGCUGAAGGAGGUAGGGGAGAAGGUGGAUCUGUGGCGGUACGAUCUUGACAAGUUGGCGACGACAGUGUUGGGGAAGCACUUUGACGUGGUGAGGCCGGAAAAGAAGCUGGAAUGGUACGAUGAAGAAACCUGGUGGUAUUUGUACAAAGUGUAUACGGAUGAGAAGACUAUGUUCAUCACCAUUGAUACUUAUCUUUGCUACCUCAUUGGUUUGGAGCUGCAUGGUAUGAUCCAUGGACAUGAAGCUGGUAAGAGCCAAGAUUCUUGCAAGUCUAAGAAGAAGGUUAACAAGAAGAAGAACUUGUGUGGCGCCUUUGAUUUCUGA